CCUUUUUUGUUCCUUCCUUCUUCUCUUUGCCUUCCCCCUCGGAAACUUCUCCAAAUUCCAAUUUCGUUAUCUCCCUCAUCCUCUAAGUCCAAUCGAGCCCCUGUACGACCGACUCCCCAUCUCUAAGAAAGAAAAAACUUCGGGUUGCUCGUGGCUGUAGCGCCAAAGAGAAACCAUAAGUUUAUUCUUUUUCUUUUUCUUUUUCUUUUUCUUUUUCUUUUUCUUUUUCUUUAAAAAAAUCUCAUUAAGUUACUCAAUAAUGGUGUUUAUGGCGUUUUUUUUUUAAAUUAAAAAAUAAAAUUGCGCUGUACCUGUUUGUUAAUAGAGAAGACAAGUGGUUGAAAAGGAGACGAAGAAGAUUUAAAGAAUGCAUGGUGGCUUCUCUAGUUUAAUUCAUUUAAAAAAGAAAAGAAAAGUUCAAUUCGAUUAAAAAGUGUUUUCUAAUUGACUACCUUACUCUGUCAUAUGCAACUUGAAAAUACAUAAAUCCGCCGACUGAUUAUUCUCAAGUCAAAAGCAGUGGCCUUCCCUGGUCUUAAACAACAUUCCUUCACCGCAGCUGAUACUCAACAAUUGGUGUGCUGACAAUCAACACCUCAUAGAACAACAAUCGUAUAAUUCUCUCAAACAUAGAGAACUAUGUGUAUUGCGGCAUUUGUUUGGCAGUCUCAUUCACUAUACUCCCUCAUUCUCUUCCAGAACAGAGAUGAAUAUCACAACAGGCCUACGAAACCGAUGUCAUGGUGGGAGGACCAUGAGAUAGCAGGAGGGAGAGACGAGGUUGGGGGCGGAACUUGGUUAGGUUGUUCAAGGAAAGGCAAGGUUGCAUUUGUUACUAAUGUGUUGGAACCUCAUGAAAUCCCUGAGGCUAAAAGCCGUGGAAAUCUUCCUCUUCUCUUUCUGCAGAGCACAAAGAGUCCAAAGGAAUUUGCAGAGGAGAUAAAGGCAGAAGCGUAUCGAUAUAAUGGAUUUAACCUAGUCGUAGCUGACAUAAGUACUAAAACCAUGGUUUAUAUCUCCAACAGAACAAAAGGGGAUCAUAUUCUCAUUCAGGAGGUGCCUCCUGGUUUACAUGUUUUAUCUAAUGCAGAACUUGAUUCCGCUUGGCAUAAGGUGCAGCGCUUGAGGCUAAAAUUUAAUGAACAGCUUCGUAUAUAUGGUGAAGGUGAAAUACCUGAGAAAGCGAUGGUUGAGAGAUUAAUGAGGGACCAUGUUAAAGCUGAUGAAAGCAAACUUCCUCAUAUAUCCUCCCCUGACUGGGAGUACAAUACAAGCUCUGUCUUUGUCCAAUUUCAGACCCCUCUGGGAUGUUUUGGCACCAGAAGCACAUCUGUAUUGACUAUAACUAAAACAGGAAUGGUACACUUUUAUGAGACUUAUCUAGAAACAGGUACUUGGAAGGAAAAAACAUUGAGUUACUUCAUUGAAUAGUGGAACUAACAAUGUAUAGAAGCUAGAUAAGAAUAAGAAUUGUUGGUCAGCAUAUUUCAAAAUCUUCGUUGAGUUUGUACGAUGUCCACAGUCUUUCACCUUCUCCUUAUCUGCAUACGGGGUUAUUUAUGUGGAUGCUUUCGCAUUAUUUAAUUGCGCAGAACAAGUAAAAGUGUGGCGGCCCACUUAUUGGCCAAAUUUGCUCUUU